UGAUGGUGAUCGUGUUUUCUUGGGAGUGUCUUCAAAGGAAGCUCUCCCCAGAAUUUAAUUAACUAUUGAGAACCUGAAGAAGAAGAAGAAGAAGAAGGAGGAGAGGGGAAGAUGGGGAGGGCAUUUGUGUAUGUGAUUCUUGGAGGAGGGGUGGCAGCUGGUUAUGCAGCACUUGAAUUCACCAAGAGAGGCAUCUCCCAUGGUGAACUCUGCAUCAUUUCCGAGGAGCCAGUUGCCCCUUACGAGAGACCUGCUUUAAGCAAAGGUUUUCUACUUCCAGAAGCCCCUGCAUGCCUUCCAUCAUUCCACACAUGUGUUGGUGCCAAUGAGGAAAGGUUAACUCCAAAAUGGUAUAAGGAACAUGGGAUUGAAUUAGUUCUUGGAACUCGAGUCAAGUCUGUUGAUGUUAGACGCAAGACAAUAUUGACAGGAUCUGGAGAGACUAUAACUUACAGGACUCUCAUUAUUGCAACAGGUGCUCGGGCACUGAAGCUGGAGGAGUUUGGAGUCAAAGGAUCAGAUUCUGAAAACGUGUGCUAUUUACGAAAUUUGGUUGAUGCCAAUAGACUUGUCGACUUGGUGCAAUCUUGCCCUGGCGGAAAUGCUGUUGUCAUUGGUGGUGGCUACAUUGGAAUGGAGUGUGCUGCAUCGUUGGUGAUCAAUAGAAUGAAUGUAACAAUGGUUUUUCCAGAAGAACAUUGCAUGGCUCGAUUAUUCACACCCAAGAUUGCAAGUUAUUAUGAAGAGUUUUACAAGUCCAAAGGAGUGAAUUUUGUUAAAGGAACCAUUUUGUCCUCAUUUGAGAUUGACCCAGAUGGGAAGGUCACAGCCGUUAAUCUUAGAGAUGGAAGUAGUCUACCUGCAGAUAUGGUUGUGGUGGGAAUAGGAAUCCGUCCAAACACAAGCCUAUUUGAAGGUCAGCUGACGCUGGAGAAAGGUGGGAUCAAAGUGAAUGGAAAAAUGCAGUCGAGCAAUGGCUCAGUCUAUGCAGUUGGAGAUGUUGCUGCAUUUCCAGUCAAACUAUUUGGUGACUCCCGUAGGCUCGAACACGUUGACUCAGCAAGAAAAACUGCCAGACAUGCUGUUGCUGCAAUUAUGGAACCAAACAAAGCGGUUGAAUUUGACUAUCUACCAUUCUUUUACUCCAGAGUCUUCACCUUGUCUUGGCAGUUUUAUGGGGACAAUAUAGGAGAUGUAGUCCAUUAUGGAGAUUUCUCAGGAGGCACAUUCGGGGCUUAUUGGGUCAGCAAUGGUCAUCUUGUUGGGUCUUUUCUUGAAGGAGGAACCAAAGAAGAGUAUGAAGCUAUAGCCAAGGCCACCAGGCUGAAGCCAGCAAUUGAAGAUGUGGCCGAGUUGGAAAGGCAAGGUUUGGGUUUUGCAUUGACUGCUAGUCAGAAACCACCACCAUCACCACCUCGUGAAGUUGCUGGUCCUGGCAUCAUUGUGGAGAGACCAAUAUAUGCUUUUCAUGCAACUGCCGGCGUUCUUCUGGCUGCAUCAAUAGCUGCAUUUGCAUAUUGGUAUGGAAGAAAGCGCCGAAGAUGGUGAAGAGUUGGUUGGGUCGGAUUGUAUCAUACCCAUGUGGCAUUUAUAGGUUCUAGGAGAUUGAUAAAUACUGCAAUAUUUGAUCAUAUAUGUAUUCAAGCAGAUUGUAGCUCACAAUAAUUAAUGAACACUACAGUUAAAUACAUCUUUAUACAAACAUCUAUGCAGAGCUUUCCUCACU